AUGUCUCAUAGAAUCCUGCUCACCGGAGCCUCUGGCUAUCUUGGAGGGACUUUGCUUGCUCGGUGGACGAGCGUGACCCUGCCACCAUACGAAAAGCUUUUUGCGCUUGUGCGAACGCAAGAACAAGCCGUUUCCCUCAAGCAAUAUGCUGCAACGCCCGAGCCUCUGUUCUUUGACAUCAGAGAUAAAGAAGCAGUUGAUUCUGCGGUGGUCGGCAAUAAAAUAACAAUCGUAUACUUCCUAGUGGAUGCUGUCAACGUGGAGGCUCAAAAACAUUUCAUCGCUGCCCUCGCCGAGGUGAAGAAGAGUACUGGAUUAGAUGUUCAUUUCUUGCACACGAGUGGAGCCAAAAUAUUCUCCAGUCACGCUGGCGCUCCCAUUGACAGGCCACUUCUGGACAACGAAGAGGGCCUUUACGAGAUUCAGAAGGCACAGAUCCCGCCACUGCUCGCCCCGGUCCAGCAGGCAAGCCCCCCUCCCUUGAUUCCCAGUUCUUCUCGAGCAAUACCCUUGGCGAUUGACACCAACAAUACUGUGAUUGAGGAAGCCACAGCACAUGGAGUGAGAAGUUACGUUUUUGUCCCGUGCGUGGUGUAUGGGAAAGGUGAAGGUUUCGGUAACCCCAUUUCGAUUCAAACGGUUGCUAUAAUCCGCGCGGCAAAAGCGACCAGGCAAGUUUUGAGUGUUGAUCCUGGACGUCCGAUAUGGCCCGUGUGCCAUGUGCUGGACAACACGACGUUGUAUCUAGAGCUUCUUCGGAAGAUACUGGCUGGCGAUAAUCCCGGCCAUGGUCGGCAAGGUUAUUAUCUCGCGGCUGCUGGUAGCGUUGCCUGGGUCGAUCUGUAUAGUGUCAUAGCGAGAAGCCUGAAGAAACGUGGCGUCAUUGAUCAAGAUUCUAUAACGCAGGCUUCCGAUCAAGAGCUGGAAAAGAUGGCCACAGCACUGGGAUGUCCAAAAGAAUUCGUUGCUUUGCAAUUGGGAGGAAUUUGCACACUCUCGGCGGUACAUGGGUCAGAGAUUGGCUGGAAACCAACCUUUGCAGCUAGCCACAUCCUCGAAACAGCGGAUGAGGAGGUGGACUGGGUUUUGGCCAACCUGUGA